CCUAUAAUUUUAAAUUUUAAACUUCUUAAUAUUUCAGAUAUUUAAGGUUGAGUUACCGUACUAACUCAUUAAAUUAAAAUGGCUACUAUUGGAGUUCCUCUAAAGGUUUUGCACGAGGCCGAGGGUCAUAUUGUCACCAUCGAGACCAACACUGGCGAGGUAUACCGAGGAAAGCUGAUCGAAGCGGAAGACAACAUGAACUCUCAGAUGGCGUCCGUUACUGUUACAUACAGGGAUGGUAGAGUUGCCCAGUUAGAGCAUAUCUAUAUCAGAGGAUCUAAAGUCAGGUUCAUGAUCCUGCCGGACAUGUUGAAAAAUGCGCCAAUGUUGAAGAACAUGUCUACCCGGGGCCGGGGAGGAGUUCGAGGAAAAUCCGCAAUCCUGGGCGCACAAGCCGGCGCAGGGGGACGAGGCCGCGGUCGUGGUGGACCCUCUGAAGGUCGCGGCGGAGGAUUUGGUGGAGGCCGUGGGGGAGGAUUUGGAGGUGGUGACCGUGGAGGCCGAGGCGGAUUCGGAAGUCGCGGUGGUCGAUAAAUCGUUGACCCAUCGCCGAUGCCCCGAAACGUUGUAUUCUGUGUAUUUUGUGCUCAUUGUACCUUUUCCUUUUCUUCAAUGCUGACUCAAUAAAAUCAAUUCAUGUGAAUCUAACUUUUUACAUGCUUUCUUUUUUUCAGA